AGUUAGCAGUUGUUGUGACUGUGGAAAUGUCUGGACGUGGAAAAGGCGGCGCUGGCAAAGCUCGGUCCAAGGCCAAAUCUCGCUCGUCCCGGGCUGGACUACAGUUCCCUGUCGGCCGGGUUCACAGACUCCUAAGAAAGGGCAACUAUGCUGAGCGGGUGGGUGCCGGAGCCCCGGUCUAUCUGGCUGCUGUGCUCGAGUAUCUGACGGCCGAAAUCCUCGAAUUGGCGGGCAACGCGGCCCGGGACAAUAAGAAGACCCGCAUCAUCCCCCGACACCUGCAGCUGGCCGUCCGUAACGACGAGGAGCUGAACAAGCUGCUGGGAGGGGUGACUAUCGCUCAGGGCGGUGUGUUACCCAACAUCCAGGCCGUACUGUUGCCCAAGAAAACCGGCGCUGCCAGUAAGUGAAGUGACGUAAGCUGAACCUGUUUACCCAAAGGCUCUUUUCAGAGCCACUCACAAUGUCCAUGAAAGGGCUGAGCAGCGGGUGAUCUCCGUCCGUUUGAUAUCCUGUAUCUGUCACAGCCUCGACAUGUUUCUUCCGGGAGGUCAACUGAUAUAAGUCUGCACAGAAACCGGUUCGCUUCAGUCCCGACUCAUUUUCUCC